GACAUUCAGCGUACCAUGACGUGAAAAGUAUCGGCCAUCGAGCGAAGCAUGGGAUCGAAAGGGAAGGCGCCAAGCAUCAUUGAUGACGCUCCGUGGGUGGAGAAGUACAGGCCUAAGACGCUCGAUGAUGUAGCAGCACACAAGGAAAUCAUAGACACAAUAAAGCGGCUGGUCAAGGAGGAUCGGUUCCCACACGUGCUCUUCUAUGGGCCCCCUGGAACUGGGAAAACCUCCACCAUUCUGGCAGUGGCACGGCAGAUGUAUGGCGCAUCAUUGAGGAGUAUGGUGCUGGAGCUGAACGCCUCAGAUGACCGUGGCAUAGGCAUCGUCAGGGAACAGAUUGUGGAUUUUGCCAGCACAAAGACCAUGUUCAGCAACAAGUUCAAACUUGUGAUCCUGGAUGAGUGUGAUGCGAUGACCAAGGAUGCUCAGGCGGCGCUUAGACGAGUGAUCGAGAAGUACACGCGAAACACGCGGUUCUGCCUCAUCUGCAACUAUGUCAACAAGAUCAUCCCAGCGCUGCAGUCGAGGUGCACGCGCUUCCGCUUCCCGCCGCUGGCAGACAGCUAUGUCAGGAGCCGCCUGCAAUUUGUCAUCGACAGUGAGAGGGUAAAUAUGGGGGACGGUGGCCUGGAUGCUGUGGUGACCCUUGGGGCAGGGGACAUGAGGCGAACCCUCAAUAUCCUCCAGGCGACGCACAUGUCGGCGGAUGUGGUGAGCGAGGAGGCGGUGUACCAGUGCACAGGCAACCCGCUGCCCAAGGACAUCGAGGCGAUAGUGCAGGCGCUGUUCAACGAGGACUUUGUGGACGUGUUUGCCAAGGUGCAGGACAUGCAGAUCAACAAGGGCCUCGCUCUCACCGACAUUGUCCAGCAGCUGCACCCGUGGGUGUUCCGGGUGAACAUGCCGGCGUCUGUGCGCAUAAAGCUGGUGGAUGCGCUGGCCGACACGGAGCACCGGCUGGCCUUUGGCACCAGCGAGCGCCUGCAGCUGGGCGCCCUUGUGGGGGCAUUCUCCGUGGCCAGAGAAGGCAUCGUGGCAGCUGCCAAAUGAUUCACAAAGCUGCUUUGGGGGUCGUGUAUAUCCUGAAACUACCUUGGGAAUGAAUAUUGCCUGGAAGACUUCUUGGAUAAGUUCGAAGUUUUAUAAAGUCCCCAAGGGACUGCCCGGCUCUGGCAUACC